AUACGACCUCGAGAGGGCAUUUCCAUCGAUUCUAUCCUGACAGCAACGGAGAUCGGUUGCUUAUAGUACCCUGGGAUGAUGAACGAAAGCCUCUGGAAUGGUAUGAGCAAGGCGGAACUGGUGGAUCUAUACAAUCAGAGACAGGAGCGGAGGUACUGGACUAGUAGUCAAGUACAGGAAGCUAAAGCCACAGUCAAGAAGAGGAAAGUGGUCGCAAGCCGCAAGGCGCCUAUCGCUUCAAACGUCUCCGGACAGGCUUUAAAGGGUGUACAGACUCGAGCAAAUAUCUUCCGAGGGAAAAUCUUUCAUGUCUUCGAGUCGAAAGACCCUCCGAAAAAAGAACUCGAGAAGAUGAUCGUGGAAAACGGGGGCGAAUUCGCUCAAGCGAGAACGGAAGGGAACUUGGCUAUUCCUAUAGGGAAUAGACUCGGCCAUCCAAAUGCUCAGGGCUAUAAGCGAAAGGAUGUUACGAUCCUGAGACCCGCUUGGGUGGUGGAGAGCAUCAAACACGGACGUAUGUUACCGUUGACGGAAGAAUUGACCUUGUUUGCGGAUGCCGAGGUUGAAGACGGGCCUCAUUAUUAUACGAAACUCGACUACCUGGACUCUCAAGCAGCUUUGACUCCGAACGACCUUGACGACGUGACAGAAGACGAGGACGAAGACGAAGCCGACAACAGGUCUCGUAGCGAGAGCGAGGAACGCAAACACAAACGGCCUUAUCCGUCACCACCGCGGGAUGUCGAUCUGGGAGGGGUUUGGAAUCUGAGAAACGUCAAAUCGGAUAGACAAGUUGAAGAAUCUGAGACCGAACCGGAGAGCAAUGAUGAGCGGGAGAACGACUUGUCAGACAUUGAAGGGGAUGCGCUAGAUGUGCUCAAGAGUAAUACGGAGAUAGCAGGCGACACUGAAAGGGAAGAUUAUGAUAAUGAAGACGAUGAAACGAAACCAGAACUCGUCACAAGAAUGUCCCUUCCGACCGCAGUCAAGGAGGAAGCAGAGGCCAAACAAAUCCCGGAGGUUCCGCCCGCAAGCGAUGAAGUAUCUACCGUGGCGGUCGACCUUCCUGGAACCGGGUCUGUGUAUGAACCCGUCUUGCCUGCGCCAGAACCAAAUGACCUUGGUGGACAAACUGAGAGCAAAAUGGGAGAGACCGCCGAGGCUAUGCAGUAUGAUCAAGAUCUGAUUUUCAAACACUUAGUCUUUUACCUCGAUACAUUCUCGAAUGCCAAACAGAACGGACUCGACGCUACCAAACCCAAUAAGGAAGCCGAACAAGAGCUGUCGGCUAUUGUUCCGACGGUACUCCGUCAUGGCGGUACAUUUAGCGAAGACCUAUUCUCUGGCAGCUUGACACACGUCGUUCAGCAUAGCGAUGACAGCAAGCGGUACAAGCAGAUCAAUCGGGCCUGGAAGGGUUCAAUUCUGAAGCAGAUUGUCACGCCGGAGUUCGUGCACGACAGCAUCGCGGAUGGAAGGCUGUUAGAUGAGAAUGGUUAUCGACCGAGAUGAAGCGGUCUUAGUCGCAAUAUCGAUUGCUCCACUGAUACUCAGCGGUACGGCGGCUCUCCUAGGGCCUCGACGAAUCCACCCAGACUGUAUAUAAGCAAGAUAUGAGAUGCAAGCAAUGAACCGCUUUGGAGUUAGGG